GUGAGCCAGAGCCCUCCGGUGAUGCAGGCCCAGGGGGAUGUGGUGAUUGGAGGGCUGUUCCCAGUCCACUACCUGGCCCCAGAGUGGGAUCACAGCUACGGGAGUCAGCCGCUGAGAGCUGCCUGCUACGGGUUCGACUACCGGGCAUUCCGCUGGCUGAUGACCAUGGUGUUCGCGGUUGAGGAGGUGAACCGUGACGCCACGCUGCUGCCGGGCGUGAAGCUCGGCUACAGGAUCCUGGACAGCUGUGACGACGUCCGCACCAGCCUGCUCGGAGCGCUCACUCUGGUUUCCUCACAGGGAGCGGAGGGUGUGGAGGAGGAUGUGGAAGAGGGUGUGGAGGGGCCACGGUGCCUGGCUGGAGCCCCUGUCCCUGCCGUUAUUGGCCUAGCCUCCUCCUCUCCAACUGGAGCCUUGGCUCACACCCUGGGCCCCUUCAACAUCCCUCUGGUGAGUUACUUUGCCACCUGUACCUGUCUGACGGACAAGCGUGUCUACCCCUCCUUCCUGCGCACCGUGCCCAGCGACCUGUUCCAGGUGCGGGGGCUGGUCCAGCUGGUCACACACUUCGGCUGGAGCUGGGUGGGCACUGUGGGCACCGAGGAUGACUACAGCCGUUACGGCAUCCAGGCGUUCUCCAAGCAGCUGGAGGAGCAGGGAGGCUGCCCCGCGUUCCACCUCUCCCUCCCCAGUUCCCCCUCCCCGGCCCAGCUGGGGGCCCUGGCCGACGCCCUGGUGAGCUCCACAGCCAGGGUGGUGGUGGUGUUCGCCACCGAGGGACAGCUGCUGGGGCUCCUCUCUGAGCUGGCCAGCAGGAACGUGACGGGGAUCCAGUGGGUGGCCAGCGAGGCCUGGGUCACGGCCUCCGUCUUGUCCUCCGCUCCCUUCCACUCCCUCCUGGAGGGGACACUGGGCUUCUCCUUCCCCGGGGUCCACAUCCCCGGCCUGAUGGACUUCCUGGUCCGGGUCCGCCCCUCGGCUGCCCCGGGGUCAGAGUUCACCAACAUGCUGUGGGAGGAGCUGUUUGGAUGCAAGCUGCCGUUCAGAGGGGAGCAAGGCUUGGCCUCUCUGAGAGACGUGAGGGCGUGCACUGGUCUGGAAGACGUGAGGGAUACCAACACCAGUUAUACAGAGGUGUCCCAAGUGAGGGUGUCCUAUAACGUGUACAAGGCGGUGUACGCCAUCGCCCACGCUCUGCACGACAUGUUUCAGUGUGGAUCCCCAGAGCAAGGCCCAGGAAGCUGUAACCUCACCAGCACAGCCUUCACACCCACACAGCUGCUACACCACCUCAAGCGGGUGAAUUUCACCAACCAGUUUGGCGAGAAGGUUCAGUUUGAUGCUAAUGGAGAACCUGUUCCUCUUUAUGACAUCAUCAGCUGGCAGAAGGACGGAGGUGGAGGCAUCAGGUUUCGUAAGGUAGGAUCAUACGAUGGCUCCGCCCCCGAGGGACAGCAACUGCUGAUAAAGGAGAGUGCCAUCGUGUGGACAGGAGGCCAAAACAAGGUGCCUGAGUCUGUGUGCACCUCUCCCUGCCCCCCGGGCAGCCGACAGGCCACACAACCAGGAAAACCACCCUGCUGCUUCGACUGCCUGCCCUGUGCAGACGGGCAGAUCAGCAACCAGACUGGUUCCACAGAGUGCAUCCAGUGUCCAGAGUACCACUGGUCAGACAGAGACAGGAAGUCCUGUGUAGCCGGAGUGGACGACUUCCUGUCCUUCUCCAACACCAUGGGCGCCAUCCUCGUCGCCCUCACCCUCCUGGGCAUCGCCACGACAACCGCCAUCACCGCCGUGUUCCACCGUCACCGGGCCACGCCUAUCGUCCGGGCCAACAACUCAGAGCUGAGCUUCCUGCUUCUGCUGUCACUCAAGCUGUGCUUCCUGUGUUCGCUGGUGUUCAUUGGCCGGCCCUCGGAGUGGGCGUGUCGGUUCCGUCAGGCUGCGUUUGGGAUCAGCUUCGUCCUCUGUCUCUCCUGCCUGCUCGUCAAGACCAUCGUGGUCCUGCUGGCCUUCCGGGCCACAGCACCUGGGUCCAGGGCGCUGAAGCUGUUUGGUCCCGUCCAGCAGAGGGCGCUCAUAUUUGGCACCACGAUUCCGCAGGUGUGUCUCUGUGCUGGCUGGCUGGCCUUGGCUCCACCCUAUCCCUUCAGGAACCCCUUCUACCUGGGAGCCACAGGGAAGGUGGUGGUGGAGUGCAAGGAGUCUUGGCCCCCAGGAUUCUACCUGGUCCUGGGGUACAUCGGCCUGCUGGCGUCCCUCUGCCUCCUCCUGGCCUUCCUGGCCAGAAAACUCCCAGACAACUUUAACGAGGCCAAGCUCAUCACCUUCAGCAUGCUGAUCUUCUGCGCCGUGUGGGUGUCGUUCAUCCCAGCUCACGUCAGUUCUCCGGGGAAGUUCACGGUUGCCGUGGAGAUCUUCGCCAUCCUGGCGUCCAGCUUUGGACUCCUCCUGUGUAUCUUUGUGCCCAAGUGUUACAUCAUCCUGCUGAGGCCUGAGAGGAACACCAAGAAGGCCAUGACAGGGAAACCAGGGAGAUGAUGAACAACGAUAAUGUUUUCAUUUGGCAGAACCUUUUCAAAUUAAAUCUUGCUCUAGUUGUUAGCCUUUUGACAAGCAGUGCCACAGAGGGCUUUGCUUACGCCCCGUAACACUGUCUCUAAACCAACCUGAACCCUCAAACAAGACAUGGAAAAACUCCCAGGAAAACUCUGAGAAAACAGGGAAGAAAUCUUGGGAGGGCAGUUUAGUGAGGGAUCCCCUCCUCCAGAGACAGUGGGUGACACAGAGAGGAGCAGACCACAAGCUGAAUACUCAUUAUGCAGCUUUUAUUAAAGGGUACCGUAUGCAGUGGGGAAUUUGAACCUGUGACCUAUUAAUCUGCAGUCAGUCGAACUAUCGACUACUGAAGUAUCCACUACUGAGAUUAACAAAGUGGUUUCCUGUUGUCAGUUAGAAGCCAAGACAUGGUUGAUCCUUAUUAAAUAUAGGUGUAACAAUACACUCAGCUCACAAUUCGAUACAUAUUACGAUACUAGGUGUACGAUACAAUACGUAUCACAAUAUUUUGAACAGCAAAUUCAAUUAACAGAUUUAUUUCCAAAACAUUUAACAUCUUCAAUAAUUUUCUUUGUUGUACAUGCAAUUUAGUUAACUCAGUUCAAGCGAUUUCGAAGGCAAUGAAUGCACACAUGACGCAGGUGCAGAGUAGGUCGCUUGCUGGUAGCUCAACCAAUAGCAUCAAACGGACAUGAUAUUGUACAAUUUUUGCCAUAACUCUACAAAACAUAUUAUACAAUUUUUGUAUUGCGAUAUAUUGUUCCACCAUAUAUUGUUCCACCCCUAUUAUUAAACUGUAGAUUAACUGUGACGCAUACAGAAAUGAAUAGUGUAACAUGUCAUGAACAUAAAUCGAAUAACCUUGAAUCAUAAUACUUAUUUAUUGUUGAAACACCACACAUGGAGUGCCAUAACUAAGGCUAUGGAAAUGUUUAUUACUGUCCCAGUAGUACAGUGAUGCAUGUAUAGCCAGGAAACAUGUCAACCAUUCAUACUAAUGAAUGUUUAAAUCAAUAAAAGCAAUGAAGAAAUGAUC